AUGUUUCACAAUCGUCCCAGCACUUCGGGACCACCCCCACAAAAACGAAAAUAUGUGAGAAAACAGCUUCCACAACCACCGCAAUUCGUGUCCUCGGCCGUCACUUCUGGACCGAUGCAUCAUCGAAUGCAUGAGCAACACCAGCAGCUCGACGAUGAACGAGAAUUUCUACGCGAUCAUCUUGCACGAAAUGAUCCGUUUUUUCCGAGAGAACUGGAGCCGCAGCAGGACGUCGUCGAGCAGCAGCUACAAUUCCAGGACGCUGAUUGGACCCCGUCCCCGGCAAAGAAAAAAGGAGCUCGUGCUGGAAUUCCAAUUGGAUCACAUCCACCAUGGCCAGAAUAUAUUACUCGUGUGCUUGACGACGUUUUCAUCAAUUGUCAAUUUAUUAAUGAGGAAACGAAAAAGGAAUUGGCCAAGGAACUCGAUUUGACCACCACGCAGGUGAAAGAUUGGUUCAACAGACGUCGCCGACAUGCACUUGAAGCUCAUCAAAAGAACAGUGUCGAACUUCCAGAACAAAUGAGAAUUCUCAAUGAAGCUUACGAAAGAAAUCCAAUUUUGGAUACUGAUACAAAGAAUCGACUUUUGGAUGUUACCAAGUUGUCGGCUAAUUUGAUAUCCAACUACUUCAUCAAACGCUACAAAAAAGAGCAAAAAGAAGCUGGAAUACCGUACGAAGCUGGUCAUUACGUGCGUCGUCGUCGUGUCUACGAAGAAGAAGAAGAAUUUGAAAAUAAUGGAAUUGGAACACCGCAUUAUGAUGAAGAUGGGAAUUAUGUUGGAGAUUAUGUUGAAGUUGUUGAAGAAAUUCCAGAUUGGGAUCAAGAAGUGUACAAUCAGGCGGAGAGAAAGAGGAGAGCCGAGCUGAAAGAGGAAGAGGACAAGCUGCUCGACGAGCAAUUCGCCAAAAAUCCGUUCACCACUGGAGAAGAGCUUACCGAAUUCGCGAAGAAAUUGAAUCGUCCAAGACCUUUUGUCUUAAAAUGGUUUUGGAAGAAGCGCAAACGUCUGGGAAUUGAACGAGAAGUUCCUCCACAACAGGAUGGAAAAAAUGAACUUUUGGAGAAUAUUUUCGAGAAACAUCAAUUUGUGAAUCAGAAAAUCAAAGAAAAAAUCGCCGAAAGGACGAAUAUGAAGCCGCUGGCGGUCCAAAUGUGGUUCAAAAAACGUCGGGACGCUGCAGUAUAUGCGCACGAACAUCAUGGAUAUGAGCUUCCGUGUCAGAUGAAGCUGCUCGAUGAGGCUUACAACAAAUGUCGAAUUAUUAGUGAUAAGGAUCGACGAAAAUUGAUGAAAGCAACGAAAUUGACGUCGAAUUAUAUUUCUUCAUAUUUCAUGCAUCGUGACAAAAUUGCUUCAAGACAGGAAACUGAGAAUGAUACGACAAUUCAAAUGGACGAUUUGAAUGAAGAAGAUGAUGGAGAAGGUGCAGAUGGAGGAAGUCCAAAGAAAAAACGAGUUCUGACAAAACUGGAAGAGGAGCGAAUUCUCGAGGAAUUUUUCCAAAAAAAUGCGUGGUGUGAGGGACAGGAUUUGAUCGAUAUGGCCAAGAAAAUCAAUCGACCAACUGUUUUUCUCUCAAAAUGGUUUUCAAAAGCGCGUAGAAAGUCUGGUGUGAAGCGAAAGGACCCGGAACCAUAUGGUAUUCAUUUGGAGCCAUACUUCCAGAAACAUCAAUUCGUCGACGGAGCCAAAUAUAAUGAGCUCGCUGAGAUUGCUGGAGUCAAUCCGACUACGGUCAAAUCAUGGUACAUGCGCCGACGACUCCGAGCCCAAAAGGCUCACGAUGAGCACGGGGAAGAGCUUCCGUGUCAGAUGAAGGAGCUUCAGGAGGCGUUUGCGGGACAUCGAAAGCUGUCUAAAGGACAUUUUCAAUAUAUCGGCGACAAGAUUGGUCUCACCGCGAAUUUUGUUUCCAACUAUUUCACAAUUCGAAAGCGAAUGAGCAAAGGAGCCAAACGGGGUGAACGAUUGAGUGACAGUGAUGAUGAUGAUGAUGAGCCAGAAGACGACGGAGAGGAGAAAAAUGAGGAAAAAAAUGAAGAAGAAGCUCGAAAAGCUGCUGAAAAAGCUGAAAAAGCUCAAAAAAUGACUGAAAUGUUGGAAGCUAUGACGGAAGAAGAGAGGCAAAAGUAUCAGGAUAAUGUUUUGUACACAAUCUUCCAAAAGACGCAAUUUGUCGACGAUCGCAGAUAUCAGGAGAUUUCCUGUGAAACUGGAAUGCCCGCUGAGGAGAUCCGCGAUUGGUUCCAAAAGAAGCGUGUCAGCUCAGUUGAAGAGUAUCGAAAAGACGGAAAAGAGCUUCCAAAACAGAUGAAAUUGCUCCAUGAAUCAUAUGAAAGAUGUCCAAUGCUCGGCGAUGAUGUUAGAUAUAAUCUUGCGCUGAAGACCUUCCUUCCACCGAAAUCAAUCACCAACUUCUUCAUCAACCGCAACCGAAAAACGGCUAUCAAAAUGCGUGCUGAAUCGUCUUCUGUCGAUGGAGAAGCCGAACCCCCGAAUAAUGACGGCUUCUACGAGUUUAACCUCGAAGAGCCGGCUCCAAUUCUUCGAAAAUCGCUGCGUAAACCGGUUCCCAGAAUUCUCGGCGAUUUUGGAAGUUAUCCGGAGAAAAAUGGUUCGGAAACAGCGGAAAAAGCCCAAAUUUUGAAGAAAAAUGGCUCAGAAACCGCUGAAAUCGCCGAAAAAGCCCAAAUAUCGGAGAAAAAGCCGGUUAAUCGAUUGGUCAUAGACGAGGUGCUGAAAAGCCCGCAGAAAUCGGAGAAAAUCCCAGAAAAAGCACAAGAAAUCGAGGAAAUCGAGGAAAGCCCGAAAAAAUCGGAGAAAGCUCCAGAAAAACCUCAAGAAAUCCAGGAAAUUCCGAAAAAAUCGGAGAAAGCUCCAGAAAAGCCACAAGAAAUUGAGAAAAGCCCGAAAAAAUCCGAAAAACGCCAAGAAAUCCAGGAAAUCCCGCAGAAAUCUGAAAAAACUUCAGAAAAACGACCAGAAAUCGAGGAACUUCCAACAUUUUUCAAGUCGAGUGCUCCGGCUCAAACCCCUGAAAUUAUCAGCGAUGAGGACAUUUUUGCACAAUAUGAAAGCUUGUUGAAUGCGGUUUUUUCCGAAUUUCAAUUUGUUGAUGAUCGUACCAAUUAUCAGUUGUCGAAGCAGAUUCGAAUUGGAAUGCCACAGAUACGCGAAUGGUUCCGCAAGAAACGUGAGAGCUCAGUCGAAGAGCAUCGAACAAAUGGUACAGAGCUCCCAAAGCAAAUGAAGCUGCUUCAUGAAGCAUAUCAGAGAUGUCCGUUGCUCGAUGAAGAUGCUCGUCGAGAUUUGGUGGAAAAGACUCAACUUUUGCCGAAAUGGGUUACCAACUUCUUCAUUAAUCGCAGUCGAAAAGCUCAAAAAGCGGCAGAAAAUGCGGCAGAACCAUCCACAUCGGACGCCACCACCACCUCUGACGACGGAUUUUUCGAUUUUAACAUUGAAAAUCCUGUUGCUCUAACUCAAACUCGAAAAUCCGCUCGUCGCCCGGCUCCAAAAAAUUACGACGAUUUUUUCGGCGAAGACGCUGAUUUGGACGAGCUUCUGCGGGCUACAACCACCAACCCACCGGCGGCUCCAGUGGCAACUGCUUUCACUAAAAUUGGCUCACACAUCAUCAUCUCGCCCAGCCAAAAGCAUAAGUCAACUCAAACAACUGAUUUUGGUCCAAAAGAGGCUCCAAAAGAAGCUCCAAAAGCUGUGGUGGAAACUCUCGAACCGGACACAUCGGAUGAGGAAUUCGUUGCCGAUGAGCUCUUUGAGUUCAAUUUGGACGAUUUUGAGCCCCGUCCGGAUAGGAAGCGCCCAGCCGGGCCGCCCAUCUAUCGCCCGCCACCGAAACAGCCAAAGCUGAGCAUCUCCAAGACCAGAAUUCUCGAGGAAGCAUACGCCAAUCUUCUGAAAGACGGAAAACUGACGGCCCAUGAGAUCGCCACAUUCUUCGCCAACCGCAACAACAACACCGAAAUUGACCAGAAGCCGAGAAUCCACAUGGUUCCCAAAAAGGAAUAAAUUUCCCCCUAAAAUUUUUUGAAUUUUUUUUUGUUCAAUUUUUUCCAAACUUUUUCCCAUGCUUUUCUUGUUUUGUUUUGAAUUUUUUGAAAUUCCACCACUGUUCCCACCGCCACCACCUCUCAAUCACCUCCCAUGAUAUCAUUUAUGUUCUGAAUUAUUAAAAUUUGACGUUGGUAAUAAACUUGAUUGUUAUGA